AUGCCGGUCCAGUCCUACACAUCCUCAGAAGCCGGUGCCGAGCGUUGGUUCCAAAUCUGUCAAAAGCUUAGGCUAGUGACCUUCUUGUUGGUGCAUUCGCGUCCUCUCUUGAAUCCCAAGCCGCGAGUCGUCCAAGGACGCUAUCUCAGUCAGCUUCUGGACCUGGACCUGACCGUGCGACUCAGGGGUAUCGACAGAUGGACCGGGACGAACGAAGACGUACUGAAGUCUGACGGCAGCCCGGCGACACCAUUGACACUAUCGUACGGGUUCCUCUACCCAAGAAGCGGGACUGACGGCGGCGCCAUCUUCCAGCGUCUUAGUCGGGAUCGUCCUGAAGGCUGGACUCGCCUUGGUUGCCAAGAAAAGACACACAUUGGAUCCCUCGGGAGCCAGAAGCUGCAGAGAAAACGAGCGAGCUGCACGUCGUCUGGGACCCCCGCUUGGGAAUUGUCCCAAUCCACGUCGUCCAUGCACCCAUCCCAUCUCCUUCUGCCACCACCCCCAUGCAUAUCCCAUUCCAAGUGUGGUUCAUUAUUGGCGGCUCCCACCGUCUCUGCUAAACAACCUUAUCAUCGUGGGCCCAACGGUACCAAAGAAAAGACCAAGAUGGCUGUCUUUUCGCUUUUCAAGAAGUCUAGACAACAGGCCAAGGAGCACAAGCAAAAGCAGGCAGAGAAGGCCGCAGAGGCACCGAAACAGCCGUACAAGCACAUUCCUACUCAUGCCGCCAUCGACGCGCUUGCAGGAGCACCAUCAGCAUUUAAGCAUGAGGACCGACCCAGGAUUAUGGAACAGAACCGACGGCGAAGUGCGAUGGCCGCCAGCGGCUUGAGCAGAAUGCCCGGCCCAAGUCUGCCUCGCGUCUCAAGCAGUCUCUCGCACGUCACCUAUCCUUCCGCUCACGCCAGCCCGAUGGGCACUAUGCCCAGGGCAUACAGCUAUAGCGGCGGUCCGCCCCCGAUGCCUUACUGGCAGGAACGCAACACCAACUCCAUCUAUGGAGUCCCCGACGGCAGCCGCAUCUCACUCAAGGGUUCACUCAAGGGCAAAGAGGUUGAUAGGUCGUAUGCUUCGGGGCGCAACAGUCCGUCAUCCAUCAAAGCCGAAUCUCCCACGGGUAGCUCAAGCCGCUCGACCAGCUCACAGGAGGACCUGGAGAUGAAGCCCGCUCGUCAUGUUUCCAUGCCACCUGCUGCCUCACAGGCACCUCGAAACCCGGCCGCUGCUGUUCACACCCACCGUCUUCACCCGAGUUCUCGCCGGGCAUCGGAUGCAUCGGAGCGUGCCGAUGGCUCCCCGAAAGCCGAGCACUCUUCGCCUUCUACAGACCGAAGCAAGCCGCCGCCGUCGAUGCGUGGAUUCAGUGCAAUCCCGGCAAUGACGUCUCUUCCCCCGAUGCAGUUCAACAACUCUCCGGCAACCCAACAAAACAUGGUUGCCUCGUCAGCCGCCUCGACUGCUAGCGUCCGCUCUUCCUCGGGAUUCUCUUCAUUCAACUUCAAUAUCAACACCGGCGCCCCCUUCUCGGCGCCCAUGUCUGGAAGAUCGUCGGCUGCUACUACACCAGCAGCUUGUGUAACGCCCGAGCCAGUGUAUGAGUCCGUCGAAGAAGAGGAAGAAGGCGGUUCUUACACCUACGCCCCGCAACCCGUUGCAGCUGCGCCGUCUGCCUUGAAACAGAAGGACCGUCGCAGCACCUCCAAGUCCAAGGUCACGCGUUUCACCGAAUUGGAGACCAUCGACUCUCACACGGAGAAGGCAGUCAGCGUAGCCAGCAUCCCCUACGAGAACACUCGCCGCGACACCACACCGCCGCAUGUUAUCAACAACGCCGUCGCCGUCGAAAUGGUCAGCGCCGCGCCGUCUGAAGUCGUUUCUAGCAACAAGGCCGGAAAGCGCCUUUCGAAGCAAGCCGGCUCUAAGCUGACUAAGAAGAGCCGUUGGUCAACAAAGAGCUCAUCCGCCGUUGCCGUUUAA